CAAUCAUCAUUUGCACUUUCACCGGCUGAUACCUCCGAAUGAUGUGAUGUAAGACCUUGUCUAAAGAGCGGUACACACUGAGUGAUUUGAUUUGUUGAAAAGAGAGUCAACACAGCGCUGUUAUUAUGCCUUCCUCCGUUCUGCUGCGCUUGUCUGCAUAUUGUGAAUGUUUUGAUGCCCGUAUAGCCCAGUUGUUCAAGUUUCAUCCAGAUUGACGAGUAAACAACGCCACCUACGAGGCGCCUAAAAGAGUGCCUUAUAGCUGAUUGUUUAUUGAAAGGCGUUCUUCUAAUCGAAUCCUCAGGCCUAUGUUUGCGUCGUACACUGUCAAAUUUGACUGCCGGCAAGUUUCCCUUCUUCGUGAGUUAUCGAGCUAUACAGAUUACAAGUGACCCUACAUCCCCACUGUCCCCUCAAGUCUGGCGAUAACGAAAACUCUUGUCACCAUGAAUAUCAGCACUAUCGAUCGUUUACUCGACGCAUGCGCAGAUGCCAACUCUUACCCCGCGAAACUCUUACGGUCUGAACUGUUUCCAUACGCCCUUCAAAGAUACAGUGAAUCAGUCAACGAACGAGCAUCCAGGGUGUUCAGUGAUGUAUCAGAAUCUGACUACUGGAGGAUUCGGUUCUACGAUGUUCAUGACCAAGGGUAUCCGUCAACACCUCAUUUCUGCGAUUCAAUCGGACAGCUACGCGAUUACUUGCUACAGGCCGGCCGCAAGGAUCCCAAAUGCCGUCAUAUGUUUAUCCGGGCACCGCACUCUAGGGCUCCUCUGGAUUGUUCAAAAGAGAUGGUUUCGCUCGCAUUCACAUUCCAUCAAGUCAUGGCUCAGUUCUUAGAUGUGGUUCUCCAUUUCGGAACUUUCCCGGGGCUCAACAUUCCAACUGCGUUCCACCACUGCGUCUUUCGCCAUGAGCGCUUCAAUGAGCCGAGCGACGCUCAUCGCUUCAGCAUCCCACAACUGGGUCGUUCCGGAAUGGAAAUCAAGCAUUGUUAUAAUCUUUGGGCUGUUGAAAAAUCUAGCUCGACACACGGAAAGAGAGCCCCGUGGGAGAUCCGACAGGCUGGGUUGUAUCAUUCACUUGAUCUUCUCAACGGCAAAGCUACUUGGGUUCACAUCAAGGCAAACAAACUCCUAGAAAGCCGAAUCACUGAGGCUUAUACUUCACCCGAAUACCUUGAGCCCUGUGAUAUACAGACUGUUGACGAUUCAUUCUCCGCAACCCUUAUGACACAUCUCAUCGUUUUCGAAUGGUGUGGCGAGAACUGGCGUCAAUAUCUAAAUCAUUGGGAGUGCGAACUUGAGAGGAUAUUGAUAACUAUCCGGAAUGCUCCCAUACACAAGGUUGAAAGGGCGUUAGUUGACGUGAAUUCCAAUAUAGCUGAUAUUUUGGGUUCCCCUGCGCAACAGCUAUCAACUACCCCAACAACUCGAAUCGGCACAAUAGGUAGCCAACUGACUAGUUGGAACUCGCCUAGAGGUGCCACUUUUAAUAGUAUCUCGCCAACUCUGCUGCAAACCAGUUUCGUUGAGAAACAUGUAGUAUCGAGCCUGGACGAGUCCUCACAACCAACAGGAUCAAAACCAAUCGAACAAAAUUUCAGCCCACUACAGUCACCUAUCACUCCCAAUGGCCAAACAGACCUUACAAAGGACCCGUUCGAGGUGUUUGACGAUUUCAAAUAUAAAGAUCUCCAGCAUCUUCAUUUCAUCGGGUCUAAACUUCACGAAGCUGAUAUGAUCAUGAAGCUAGACGCUGAUAUACUUCUUGAAGUUGUAGAGUAUUUCAAAGACUUCGUAAAUGAUUCACGGACGCCAUGUACCAUACGAGAUGGGUGUCAGGGGACCCUCUUCCAAUUUGUUCAGCGCACAAAUGGUAUCGUGCGAGAGCUUGAAGCCCAAAGAACACGAAUAUCAACAUUGAUUACUCUACUUAACGACGGCAAAGCACUAUUUGAUGCCAUUACACAGUUUCGCAACAUGGAGUUAAACCGGCUGUCAUCAGUGAGAAUGGAAAUGAUGACAAAGGACAUGCACCAAUCUACGCUCCAAAUGGAGACUAUAGCCGGCAAAACAGAGAAGGAGACAUCAUCGAUGCAUAUCAUCACACUAGUGACGCUACUAUUUCUCCCAGGAACAUUCGUUGCAGUAAGAUACGCCUUGCCGAAAAUACGCAAGGAAGUUAACAGACAUCUAACUACUAAUGGUCAGACAUUCCUCGGCGCCGGCUUCUACCAAUGGCCAGACUCCGACGACGCUAGCCAGAUCCCCGACUACCCUAUCUGGAGGUCAGAGUAUUUUUUCUUGUUCGCAAAAAUCAGUUUCCCACUCAUGGCAUUGACUCUUUUGUUCUGGGCAUGGCCCUACUUAUUGCGAUGGAUCUCACGGCGAAGGUCUUGCAGUAUUACGUCUCGAAAGUGGACAUGGGGCAUACGGAGGCAGAGGAUGGGAGACGAGGAGGCGCAAAUAGCCUCCAAUAAUGCCCAUGGCAGUGCUGGGUUUCUGCCUAGGUGGCUGAGAUAGUUCUUCUUUUCUAACUCAUGUAUUCAUGGGAGGCUUAUCGUGCAUGCGGGGCAAAUACCACGGUGGAAAUACCCCUCAA